AUGGCAGCGGACAGCGACGUGCGCGAGGUCGCGAACAACGUUGCUGUGCUCGAGGACGGAGACGGCAGGAAGGUGUACGUCCUCGGCAUCAGCCACGUAUCGAAGGUGUCGUGCGAUCACAUCGAGGCGCUGAUUCGCGCCGUGCGGCCCGACGCCGUCAUGCUCGAGCUGUGCAAGAAUCGCACGACGCUCAUGGUCGAGCCCGACGUCACAGGAGCAGCCCCGGACCAGCUCUGGCACGCCCCCGCGGUCUCAAUCUCCGGCCUCCCCACCGGAGCUGGGUGGCCCACCGAGCAGGAGCUGCUGGCCGCGCUGUCCACCAAGCCCUUCGCGCCGGUCACCCGCGCGACGAUGGACGCCGACGCCGCCGCCCUGAGGGCCACGGGCCUCUUCCACGACGUCCGCGUCCGCGCGGGACCUCCCCCGCCCGGCAGCGCUCCCCAGCUGCUCUGCACCGGCGCCGCCAAGGACCCCGCGCCCGUGCUGCCGAUGGGAGCCGUCGAGUUCGUCGCGCAGGCCGUCGCCAGCCCGCCCGAGGACUUCACCGCGCCGAGCCCGAAGCCCCCGCGGUACCCCGUGGCGCCGGAGGGCACGCGGCCGUGGAGGCUGGACGAGCGCGGCGGGGGUGUGCGCCCCGAGGACACGCCGCCCGCCUGGUCCGAGGCGCUGGCCGGGAAGCUCACGCGCGCGUUCGCGGAGAAGCAGGCCGAGGCGGGCCGCGUGGUCGGCAUCCAGCCGGGCGCGGCGUGGCGCGUGGCUGCUGCCGCCGCGGCGCAGAACGGAGCGCGGCUUGUGCUGCUGGGGGACUUGCCCACGUCGGUGACCAAGCGGGAGCUGACCACGGCGCUGUCCAGCGCGAUGACGUCGAAGGUCGUGGCCGCGGGGGCGAUCGUCGCUGCGGGCGCGGCUGCGGCGAGCGCGCUGCCUGGGGGGGGUGUCGCGGGGCAGGUCGCGACGGUUGCGGCGGCGGUGGCGGCGGGCGGAGCCCUGGUGGCAGCGCCGCUGCUCGGGCCGCUCAACGAGGUCGGGGAGUUCUCGCGGAUGUCGGGCCCGGAGAUCGAGAAGGCGGUGGCGGUGGGGUCGCCUGGGCUGGCGGGGAAGCGGGAGAUGACGAAGCUGUGGGGCGAGGACGCGCUCAUUGACUGGCCGGGCGCGCAGGGGCCGAUCAUCGACGCGCGCGACAGGCACAUGACGGAGGUGUUGCGGGGCGUUGUGGCGGGCAAGGGAGCGGCGCCGGCGUUCGUUGUGGGGCGCGGGGACGGUUCGGCGGGGGCGUUGAUGCGGUACAUGAUGCCGGAGGGGGCGUCGGAUAAAGAGACGUGUCCUGGUGGGUUCGGGGAGGGGUGCUACACGGUGCCGGGCGACGUGCGGACGGUGGUGGCGGUGGUGGGCACCGCGCACGUGGGGGGGAUGGUCCGGGCGUGGCAGGACGCGGGCACGGGGUCGUGA